AUGGUGAAGGAAUCCGGGGCCCCGCCGCCGCGCUACACGGAGCCUCAGGGCUCAUCAGUGGCAGAAUCGGCAACACACUUGACAGUCGACGAAACGCAACGCCAGCCUCGCAAAGAGAGUUCGACACACGACGAUGGACGGAAAGCAGCGCAGUGGGCUUCCGAAUCUACACGACAUCUAUCCCCGUCACCAGCACCGAGUGGCCGUAUGUCACUUGGGCCAGAGUCACCAUUCAACAAUGAACGCCCUGAACUGCCGAUGGAGCAGUCCUUUCUCCAGAGGUUCUGGGCCAGGAACAAAGGACCCGUCCUCGUCGCUACGUCACAGUUCUUCGGGGCCUUGAUGAACUUGAGCGCCCGUCUGCUCGAAACAGAGGGAAAGGGCAUGCACCCGGUGCAAGUCCUGUUGAUGAGGCAGUCCAUCACAUCCCUCUGCUGUUUGAUAUACAUGUGGUGGAUGUCGACACCAGGUGGGCCCUUUGGUACGAAGGAUAUCAGGAUCCUCCUCCUGAUACGUGGGCUAUCGGGCUUCUUUGGCAUAUAUGGCAUGUGGUACUCGAUGAUGUACCUCCCACUGGCCGACUCGACCGUCAUCACGUUCCUGGCUCCGGGUAUCGCUGGCUUCCUCUGUUACUUCCUCCUCAAAGAGCCUUUUUCGCGAAUCGAGCAGAUGGCGACCCUUGUGGCGCUGUCUGGGGUAGUUCUGAUUGCUCAACCUCACUCACUGUUCUCGGCUACACCUGAGGACGAGCCCUCCUCGAGCGAGCCUCCCGAGAAAGGUCUCCCGGGGCUUGACCACGAAUCCACGCCCGAGGAACGGCUCGUGGCCGUUGGUGUGGCGCUUCUUGGUGUUCUGGGGGCGUCGGGGGCUUUCACCACGCUACGGAUGAUUGGGAAAAGGGCCCAUCCAUUGAUCUCUGUCAACUUCUUUGGCAUUGUAUGCACCAUCAUCUGCCUUGCUGUACUCGCCCUGGCCCCAGCCCUGGACAUUUCACAGCCUGCGUUGCGCUGGGUUUGGCCCGCCUCUGCCAAAGCGUGGAGCCUCCUCUUUGCCCUCGGAGCGUUGGGCUUCGUCAUGCAGUAUCUGUUGACUAGUGGACUUCAAGCUGACAAGUCGAAUCGCGCAAACGCCAUGGUGUAUACCCACAUGCUGUUUGCCGUCAGCUUUGACAAGUGGGUGUUUCAUCAUGAGAUGAAUCUGAUGAGUUUCGGAGGAUGUGCAUUGAUCCUAGGAAGCGCCAUCUCGGUUGUCUUGAUGAAAAAGCCGAGUCCGCCAAAGGUCGAGGACGUUGAACGACAGCAUAACCAUAACAACCUACUGGGCGAAGGAGAGAGAUCACCCAUGCUGCAUCCCAUGCAGUUGUCAGUUGUUGAGGAUGCAAAUAUAGAUACAGGGCUCCACACCGCGGAAGGAACGCGCUGCAGCGAACAUCUGCGCGGCGUCGAGCUGGCUGGGAGGGAGCUUUCGCCGAUCUCAACUUUUUGCAACACGACGGCAACGCCACGAAUUCAAGCCAAGAUGGUACAAAUUAGCGAGGCCAAGGGCAGCAAGCGCAACAAUCGCACAGCGGCGCACACACACAUCCGCGGUCUUGGCUUGCGAGACGAUGGCAGGGCAGACGCUCAGGCGGGUGGCUUCGUAGGCCAGGGUGCUGCACGAGAGUCAUGCGGCGUGGUGGUUGACCUUAUCAAGGCGCACAAAAUGGCAGGCCGCGGCGUGCUGCUGGUGGGCAAGCCUGCCACUGGAAAGACGUCGCUCGCGCUCGCCAUCAGCCAAGAGCUCGGCACGAAGAUUCCCUUUGUCCCCAUCACCGGCAGCGACAUCUACUCGACCGAGGUGAAGAAGACGGAGGUGCUGGCGGAGUACUUUCGGCGGGCGAUCGGGCUCAAGGUCCGCGAGACGAAGGAGGUGUAUGAGGGCGAGGUCACCGAGUUGACACCCGAGGAGGCAGAGAACCCGCUGGGCGGAUACGGCAAGACGAUUAGCACGCUGUUGAUCGGACUGAAGAGCGCAAAGGGCCAGAAGAAGCUGCGCCUCGACCCUAGCAUCUACGAGGCCAUCCAGAAGGAGAGGGUCACCGUGGGCGACGUGAUCUACAUUGAGGCCAAUACGGGCGCCUGCAAGCGGGUCGGUCGCUCGGAUGCCUAUGCGACCGAGUUUGACCUCGAGGCGGAGGAAUACGUGCCCAUCCCCAAGGGCGAGGUGCACAAGAAGAAGGAGAUUGUGCAGAACGUGACCCUGCACGACCUGGAUGUCGCCAACGCGCGCCCGCAGGGUGGCCAGGAUAUCAUGAGCAUGAUGGGGCAGCUCAUGAAGCCCAAGUCGACUGAGAUUACCGACAAGCUGCGCGAGGAGAUCAACAAGGUCGUCAGCAAAUACAUCGACCAAGGCGUCGCAGAGUUUGUCCCUGGUGUCAUUUUUAUCGACGAGGUGCACAUGCUUGACAUUGAGUGCUUCACCUACUUGAACCGCGCUCUGGAGUCUCCCAUCUCGCCGAUUGUCGUCCUCGCCUCGAACCGCGGCGUCUGCACGAUCCGCGGCACCGAUAACAUCAUGGCCGCGCACGGUAUCCCCCCCGAUACGCUGAACCGCCUGCUCAUUGUGCCCACUGUGGACUACACGGCCGAGGAGAUCAAGAGGAUUGUCCAGAUCCGGUCAUCUGUCGAGGGCAUCUCGCUCACGGGCGCGGCCGUCGACAAGAUUGCGGACCAUGGCGUACGGAUCAGCCUGAGGUAUUGUCUGCACUUGCUGACACCAGCGAGCGUCCUCGCCAAGGCCAAUGGUCGCUCCCAAGUCGAUGUACAGGACGUCGCGGAAGCCGAGGAUCUCUUUGUCGACGCCCAGCGUAGUGCUGCGGACAUGGGACCCGGGGCCGGCAAUGAGUAUAUCCAAUGA